AUGUACGCGCAGAUGCUCAUGGCCUUCAACACCCUUACAGGCGACGUUUUGGAGCCACCAAAACCAACCAAGGACGGCCUCCUCAAGCCGCAGGAACCGAUCGACGGCAACAACAAGACUGUCGUGGAGAAGCACAAGCGUGCGCACGUAGAGCUGAGGCUCUGGCAGCGUCUCGACGCCUACCUCGACAUGGCGAUCGACAACCACGACACAGCAGCACAGAAAUGGCAAGACAUUCUUGCUCGCUUUGAGAAGGCAGGACUCACCGAAGCCUGCACUGCGCUUCAGGACCUGUCGCUAGGGCUACCUACCGCGGGCGUUUUGUACCAGUUCAUUUUCGCGAUCGCGGACACCUACCCUGAGUACGCGCGCUCUAUCUGUCGCGGCCUUCGGUCAAAGCGCAAGCCCACACUUGACGCGGUCGGUAAAGAACUCAACGACGAGUCUCGCCGCGACGACAUAGUUAAGACUGCCUUCGCUAGCAACAAUCAGCAGCAAGGCAACGACAUUAACAACCAAGGCGGUGGCGGUCGUGGCCGAGGCCGUGGUGGACGAGGUGGGCAACAGCCAGCUCCCCCGACGAUGACAACGUCGCCUACAACUCCCGCUCCUACUCAUUUCAACAAUCUCCUCAUGGGCCUACGCCAACGAGCUGUUGCGCGCAUUGCAGGCGCGAGCAUGCCGGCCCUAACGAGCUCUGCCGAAGCAGACGAAGCGCCUCGCGGCCGCGCUGACUACAAGGACCGCACUAUCCUCGACACGGGCGCAAACGACCACAUCUGCAAUACCUAUGACCGCGUUGUCAGCUGGUACGCGUCGCAUCAGCAUGGCUCUAUCAAGACAGGUGGCGGCAUGGUCGAGGUCCAGGCCUCGGGCACUAUCAAGCUCGCAGUCCUCCGCGCCGACAGCGGCAUCAAUGCCCUCACGUUCAGUGGCGUUUUGUACGCACCGGACAUGUUUGUCUCUCUCUCUCACAGGAUGGUGCGCGCCAAGGGCUGCUAUUGCCACGGCUGGAGGGAGAAGCUCUAUCGCGCGGCCGACGACCUCGAGCUCGCGUACACGCCCGACAUUGACGGCGUGCCGAAUCUGCUGCAAGUCGAAGACGAGAAUGACCUGUUAAGCGCUGUUCGCGCUAUGUCCUUCGUCUUGCAGCAUGGUAGUCACAGCUCCCAUGUACUUCCAACCCGCAAGGAGCUUCAUGAGACCUUCGGGCACACCGACGUUAACCAGCUACGCAAGCUCGCAGCGACCACGACUUGCAUCGAACCGACAAACACGUCGCGCUUUGCCUGUGAGGUCUGCAUGAUCAGCAACUCACGCCUCCAAAUCUCGCGCGUCGUCCCAGACCGCGCCACGCGCCUCUUCCAGCGCGUACACGUCGACCUCGCCGGCCUUAUCUCCCCACCUGGCUUGAACGGCGAGCGCUAUUGGAGCUUGUACACUGACGACCUUGUCUGCCACCGCUCUAUUGACCUGUCGCCUGCCAAGGAGGGCUUCGGUCGCUCUCUCAUUGAUUACAUCGUCACUGUCAAGACACAGUACGGCGUCUAG